GCUUUGACAGUUGUGACAUCGAGAGGUUAGUUUUAUUGUGACAGAAUUGUGUGAGAGCUGUUACAGAGAGGAAGUCUAUAUUUGUGUUCUGUAAAAUGUCUGUGAGGCCAGAGGACCAUAGGCGAAAAUGGGACAGGGAAGAAUAUGAAAGGCUUGCAGAGGAAAGAAGAAAAGGGGACAAGGAGGAGGAAGACGACCAAAAAAUAAAGGGUCCACCUGUUAAGAGAGAACUUCUCAAAACUAGGGACUACAAAGUAGAUUUGGACUCCAAACUAGGCAAGAGCAUUGUGAUAAACAAAAACACGCCGACGUCUCAAUCAGGAGGAUAUUAUUGUAAUGUAUGUGAUUGUGUGGUUAAAGACUCAAUAAACUUCUUGGACCAUAUUAAUGGAAAAAAGCAUCAACGGAAUUUGGGAAUGUCGAUGAAAAUAGAAAGAAGCAGCUUAGAUUCGGUGAAAAAGCGUUUCGAAAUGAAUAAAAAAAAAAUUGAAGAAAAGAGGAAAGACUACGAUAUGGCAGCAAGAAUGCAAGAAAUUGCUGAGGAAGAAGAAAAACUGAAAGAGUAUAGAAGAGAGAAGAGGAGGGAGAAAAGAAAAGCUGAAGAAAUGGAAGAAGACAAUCAGGUUCCAGAUGAGUUGAUUAGUAUGAUGGGAUUUUCAGGAUUUGGUUCGUCUAAGAAGAAGUAAACAAAGUGUUAGCUAGAAUUCUAAGGAUUGAAUUGCGUUAUCUAAAUAUUCCAAACACCAAACUGGAGUGUAAAUAUUCAUUUUUAUUCAAUUCGAGGUUUGUAUAACCAAAUCAUAUUGAUGAUUAUUUUUGUAAAUACUGGGAUUAUCAGUAGAGACUUUUUUGAAGCAAGAUGAUGGGCAAAAGAUUGAUCCCCUUUCUUUCCCUGCAAAACACAGUAUCUUUAGUUGAUAUGUACAUAGUAUAAAUGAAGAUUUAUGUAAUAAUCUUUCGAAGUUAGAUCCUAAUUUUGUUAAUUUAUGAUUUAUAAUAAAUUCAAAACAAUACAAA